AUGUCGGAAACGAUUACACUUGGGAAGGGAGGCCACGCAGCACACUGCAAAAGAUGUCUCAUAGCUCUGCCCUUCAGCCAAGUAGAGAUCGAUCCGUCAAGAAUAGCUGUUGUAUUCUACUGCCUUGGCACACUUGACGUUCUUGGUCAUUUGGAAAAGCAAUCUAGCGACCUCGACCGUGAAAGCUGGCGAAGUUGGUUGUGGGAGCAGCAGAUCUGCGGACCCUUUGGAACCGGAUUUAGGCCCAGCCCGUUCAUGACACCUGAGGACUUCUCUGUAAGUGGCACCACGUCCGAGUACGAUCUCCCGCAUCUCGUGAUGACGUACACCGCACUUUCAUCUCUUUCUAUCUUGCGUGAUGACUUCUCCAAGCUCGACAGAGCCGGGAUCAUCCGCUUCCUGCGGGCCUGUCAACAAGCGGACGGAAGCUUCUCUGCGCUACCAAACGGCGGAGAAUCGGACCUAAGAAUGCUCUACUGCGCAUUUGUGAUUAGCAGCAUGCUUGACGAUUGGUCCGGCAUUGACAUGGAUCGUGCUGUCGCCUACGUUCGGAACUGUUAUAGCUAUGAAGGAGGUUACGGACAGACACCAAACGGCGAGGCACUUGGAGGGACUACAUACUGCGCCCUCGCCGCUCUGCACCUCGCUCCUGAAACAGAGAGCUCGCCCCUAGCCAGCCGAUUGCUUCCGCAAGAACGCGCACGCACCAUACGGUGGCUAGUGCAGAACCAGACGCCCUCUGGCGGUUUCUGCGGGAGGACGAAUAAACUUGCUGAUGCGUGCUACUGCUUCUGGUGCGGAGCAUCUCUGAAGAUACUGGGUGCCGGUGAUCUUGUGGACGAGAAAGCUCUAGCGGGCUUCCUCGCAAGUUGUCAGUUCAAAUUUGGUGGGAUAUCCAAGGCCCCUGGCGAGCGUUCAGACCCGUAUCACACAUAUCUGUCCCUCGCGGUCCUUUCCGUUCUCCCUGCAGAUCACGGGGACGACGCGAGCUGGGAACUUCCGCAGCUCGAUGCGCUAUGGAACGCGACCGAGGAGACAGCGGCGUGGGGAAGGGAGCACAUCCCUGCUCGAUCUAAGGCGACGUGA